CAGGGCAGCGCAGCGCGACCAAAUCGAUUCGAACCACACAAGCACAAGGGAAGCGCCUCCUUUUCAUUUCGCUCCCGUCUCAUCCCGUCUCUUCUCUCUGCCUUCCCUCUCGCCGAUUCGGCCUCCCCGAACCCUAGAUCUGCUGCGGAUCCCGAGCCUCGCCGCCAUGUUCUGGCGCAUGACCGGCCUCUCCGCGGCCUCGCCCGUGGACACAAUUCUAGACAAGGAGAACUUCACAUUAGAAGAGCUGCUUGAUGAGGAUGAAAUUAUUCAGGAGUGCAAAGCGCUGAAUACUCGACUCAUAAAUUUUUUGCGAGAUAAGGCCCAAGUGGAGCAAUUACUUCGUUACAUCGUGGAAGAAGUUCCAGAUGAUUCAGAGAAGAAGCGGUCUUUCAAGUUUCCAUUUAUUGCUUGCGAGAUAUUUACUUGUGAAAUUGACAUUAUCUUGAGGACCUUGGUAGAGGAUGCUGAGUUAAUGGAUUUGCUUUUCUCAUUUGUUAAACCUGAUCAUCCACAUAGCACUUUAUUAGCUGGUUACUUCAGUAAGGUGGUAAUAUGUUUGAUGCUGCAGAAGACUGCUCCUCUUAUGAGUUAUGUUCAGGAGCAUCCAGAUAUUGUUGUCCAACUUGUUGAUCUCAUUGGCAUCACAUCAAUAAUGGAGGUGUUGAUAAGAUUGAUUGGUGCUGACGAAACCAUAUACUCGAAUUUUGCCGACACAUUGCAGUGGUUAGAGAAUACAGAUGUCUUGGAACUGAUUGUGGAUAAAUUUAGCUCAUCUGACUCCCCUGAAGUACAUGCAAAUGCUGCAGAAAUCCUUUCUGCAGUGACUCGAUGUGCCCCUCCUGCUCUUGCUGCAAAAAUAUGCAGCCCAAGUUUUGUUGGUAGGCUGUUUCGUCAUGCUCUUGAGGAAUCAAGGCCAAAAUCUGUCCUGGUUCAUUCGCUGUCAGUAUGCAUAUCUCUUUUGGACCCAAAAAGACUAGCAUCAGCCUCAUACCAAGCAUUUAGAAGUAACUUAAGUCACGGGACACUGGUCACUGCCAGUCCAGAGACAGUUGAUGGUAUGCUGGAGAGUCUAGGUGAUUUGCUGAAGUUAUUGGACAUUACUUCUUCAGAAUAUGUUUUGCCUACAACAUAUGGAUGCUUGUGCCCCCCUCUUGGAAAACACCGUUUGAAGAUUGUAGAGUUCAUCUCUGUUUUGCUGACAAUUGGUAGUGAAAUUGCUGAAAAGGAGCUAAUAAGCCAAUCUGCAAUAAAGCAUUCCAUCGAUUUGUUUUUUCAGUACCCUUAUAAUAACUUCUUGCAUCAUCAUGUUGAGAACAUUAUCAUUUCUUGCCUUGAAGUUAAAAGAAAUCAGCUGAUUGACCAUGUUCUUAGUGACUGUGACCUUGUUGGUAAAGUACUUGUCGCAGAAAAAAAUUCUUCUCUGUUAGCAGACUCCAAUGGGCCAACAUUACCGUCAGAAGCGAAAGAACCCCCAAGAAUUGGGAACAUUGGGCACAUAACUCGAAUAGCAAAUAAGUUCAUUCAAUUGGGAAAUAGUAACAGUGUAAUCCAGAGCCAGUUGCAGGAGAAUAGUGAGUGGGCCGAAUGGCAAACAGAUGUCCUGGUCAAACGCAAUGAGGUGGAGAACGUUUAUCAUUGGGCAUGUGGGCGUCCAACUUCUCUUCAUGAUCGUGGUAGGGAUAGUGAUGACGAUGACUUCCGAGACAGGGACUAUGAUGUGGCAGCACUUGCUAAUAAUCUGAGCCAUGCAUUUCGAUAUGGGAUAUACAGUAACGAUGACAUUGAAGAGGCGCAAGGAUCACAUGAACGUGACGACGAGGAUGUCUACUUUGACGAUGAAUCAGCUGAAGUGGUAAUAUCUUCAUUGCGUUUGGGGGAUGAUCAGGACAGCAGCUCCCUCUUUACGAAUUCAAACUGGUUUACGUUUGAUGGUGAUAGAGGAAUCAAUGACCGUUUUGCUGCCCCUGUUCCUUUAUCAUCUCCCAAUUCUGAAGAGGCUUCCCUAAACACAGAGGAAAGUGAUGAGGUGCUAACUGGUGAAGCCAGUGGCACCGGAUCACAAAUGGAAAGUGUAUCUCUUGAAAAUGGCCCUGUUGAGGAGACUGAGGAAUUAGCAGAAGUUGCUAAACACACAGAUGCCAGUACGGAUGAUGAGAAACUGUUGUGCACAGGAGAGGAAAAUGCACCCAAAGAAGCUGAAGCAUCGGAGCGACCUGCAGAUGUUCAAGGUGGCCAGGCUGACACACAAGUGGUAGAUGAAGCUGAAGCAUCAUGUGGAGAGAUGGGUACAGAGAGAACGGUGGAUGAAACUGCCAGCACAUCUGAGCCUGUCGAAGCAUUGCCUGGAGCCUCGACGGAUUCUGGUGACAUUGAUAAUCAGUCUGCCGACUUAGCAGGCUCAAAUGAUCUUGCCCAUGAUUCAGGCUCAGGGUCGCAUGUGGAGGGAGAUUCAACUGAGGUCGAUGAUGAAAAGACAUCUGUGGUUGCUACAACAAAUUAGUGAAGUAUAUGGGCUGGAAUUGUACCACAGACCAGAGCAGUUAUUGGCAGCCAGAUUCUUUUGCAGGCGAACAAUGCCAAUUUGUCUGGCACCACAUGUUUGGGAACAACGGACAAUCAUUCGGAACAAAGGAUGCCGCGCAAUUAGAAAGAUGCUGCUAGUUGAUUGGUAACGUAUCAAUGAGCACGUUCGUACUGCUGCGCAUGCCCUGCUUAUCAUCGGACUGCCUCGCCUCAUCCCCACAAGCUUUUCCUCACCCCGUAAUGGUGGGACAAUUAGUUCUUUGUCGGUGUCAUUUGGUGGUAGCACUGCCUUACUGGUUGAUGCAUGCAAUGAGGAGAGAAAUUCGUCAGGUGGUUCUUGAUCUCGGGUAUGGUGGUUUCUUUCUUUCGCUCGGGUACUCGAACUGUAAUAUAGGCAGUGAGUUUUUCCCCAAGCUAUUUUUGUUCCUUUUGGAAUAGAUGCUCUUGUAAUUUGAUCUGGUCUUGUGCCAUCUAAUGAUACAUUUAGAGUCGGCGGUAAAAAUUGGAUGCCGAAGGUCGUCAUUUUCAGUCGAAAAAAAUCCAUAUUGUCUUCUUUAACUAUUA